UCGGCUUCGCCUCUUCGCUUCGCGUGCGCCAAACCACGUGUGUGAGAGAGAGAGAGAGAGAGAGUUAGUGAGUGAGUGUGUGUGCGUGUGUCUCUGUGUAUGUGUUUUGCCUCGGGGCGGGUAGGGAAGCGGAUUGGAUAAGGUUCCCGGAAUGGAUGUUGUAACGCCGUCAAGAGACCAUGAGCCGUCUACGAUCAGAAACGCACACGACGGUGGAGUCGCCGACGACGACGACGAGAAGACCGAGCCUUUGGGCCGGUAGUCUUCGUCGUGACCAUAUCCGCCUGGAGGAUCUAACGCAGAACAGGAUCCAGGAGGAGCAGCCGUAUAUGUCCUCGCGAUCGGGGCCGUCCACUAGCUCGAGGCACUCGUUCGCGUGGCCCUUCCACGGCCGCAAUGCUUCCGAGGUGCCCUCGACCCCGAGGUCGAGUCGCCUGACCUUUCGAAACGUCGCUUGGCAGCCCCGAACCUUCUUCCGGCCGCACGAUGACACCGCGAGCAUCGACAGGAGCAUCGUCCCGGACUACGUCGUGAAUUUCAUCCGCGGGGAGACGCCGGAGACGCUGGCGAGGAAGAAGGAGGAGCGGAAAUGGGGCCAGCGCGACGUCGUCGUCACGCCGCGCCGAGAAACCCACGCCUCUCACCCGCUCGAAUUCGGCGGCUUCUAUAACUCGGCCUCGGACGUCACCCGCGGGGCGAACACGUACAGCAGCUGGAGCCGGCGCAGCGGCCUGCGGAGGCACGUCAGCGGCUGGCGCGGCGGCGUGAUAUUCAACUCGAUGAUCGCCUUCUUCGUCCUGGUCGUCGGCAUCAUCUGCCUGAUCCUGGCCAUCACCGAGACCCGGCUGCUGGCCGGGGAGUCGGCCGUGUUCGUCGGCGGCUGCCUCGAGGCCGAGCGCGUCAACAUCGGCAUCCACGUCGUCAUCAACGCCUGCGGCGUCGCCAUCCUCGCCGGCGCCAACUACGUCUUCCAGGUCCUCUCGAGCCCGACGCGCAGCGAGGUCACCGUCGCCCACGGCAACAAGCGCUGGCUCGACAUCGGCAUCCCCUCCGUCCGCAACUUCAUGCACAUCUCCGGCUUCCGGACCGCCGUCGCCGUCGUCCUGCUGCUGAGCGCGGUCGCCACCCAAGUAAUAUAUAAUGCAGUAAUCUUCACGAGCCGCAACGCGGUCGCCUACAACGUGCUGUUCGUGACGCCGUCCUUCUUCUCCGGCGCGCCGUUCGCCAGCGACGCCGAGACCAACGCCGCGGGGCUCCCAGCCGCCGACAUUGCCGCGCUGCAAGACAGCUCCCAGCUGACCACCAUGAGCGUAGCCGCGUGCGUGCGCGAGUUCGGGGGGCUCUUCGUCGCGGACUUCGACACGGUGCUGCUCGUCGCCGAGUCCUCCUCUUCUUCUUCCUCCUCUUCGCUCCUGCGCACGGGCGAGCCCGGCACGCCGCUCACCGCGUUCCUAUCCCCGGACAGCGCGAACGACAACGAGCGCAACCUGGCGGAGCCGCCGCGCCUCGCGUCGCCCGACGGGCCGCCCGUGCUGCGCUGCCUGGCGCGCCCCGCGCCGCCGCCGACGUGCAGCGUCAACCUCAGCGGGUCGAUGCUCGGCGUCGCCGUGCUGCUGAACCUGGCCGCCGUCAUCAGCAUGGCCGUCGUGCUCGCGCGCUCGACCUUCGAGCCGCUCGCCACGCUCGGCGACGCCCUGCGCUCCUUCCUGCGCCACCCCGACCCCGUCACCGCCAACGACUGCCUCCUCGCCAAGGCCGACGUGCGCCGCGGCCACCUCGGCCCCUCGCGCGGCGCCCGCUACUUCGCCCCCGCCGACCACUUCUGGUUCCAGACGCCGUCCGCCGCGCGCUGGGCCCUCCUCCUCUUCGCCUGGCUCGCCGCCGCCGCCCCCGCCGCCGUCGGCCUCGCCCUGCUCCUGCGCGACCGCGUCGCCCGCGCCGCCGCCGACCCCGCCGCCUGGUCGCUCUACGACGUGCUCACGCGCUUCGGCGCCGCCGUGCCCUACGCCACGUUCCCGCUGCGCGGUACCGCCGCCGCCCCCGCCGCCGCUUCUUUCUCGCCCGCCGACACUGCGCAGGUCGCGCUCCUCGCCGCCGCGCCCCAGCUGCUGCUCGCGGCGCUCUACCUCGUCGCCAACGCGCACCUGACGGCGUACUUCCUGUCGCGCGAGUCGGCGCAGUUCGCGCUCGGGGCGCGGGCGCUGCGCGUGUCGGCCGCGCCCGCCGGCGCGCAGUGCACGAGCCUGUACCUGACGCUGCCGCGGCCGGCGUCGUGGGCGCUGGUCGCGUGGUUCGGCGCGCUGGGCUUCGUGCUCAGCCAGGCGGUGUUCCCGGGCGUGGCGGCCGUGCACGCGGUGUCGGCGCUGCCCGCGCUCCCCACGACCCUGCCCCCCGCCGCUCCCGCCGCCGCCGACGACCCGCUCUUCCCGCGCCCGCUCCGCACCGUCGUCGCCGUCGCCGCCAGCACCCAGGGCCUGCUCGCGCUGCUCGCGCUCCUCGCCGCCCUCCUCCUCGCCGUCCUCGCCCUCGGCUGCGUCCGCACCCCCGCCGCCAGCCUCGCCAGCGGCGAGGCCCGCGGCAACCCCCUCGCCCUCCCCGGCGGCUCCUGCAGCGCCGUCAUCAGCGCCCGCUGCCACCACCACGAGAUCGACCAGCCCGCGCCCGCCCCCGUGCCCGGCAACAACAACACUGCCGCCACGGCCGCCGGCCCGCCGGCCCGCCGCCCUUCGCGCCCCGUGCUCCCGCGCCGCCCCACCGGAGCCGACUUCCGCACCCUCCUGUACCAGCAGCGGCGCGGCGACGUGCCCGACAUCGGCGAGGAAGAGGCGGGCGAGACAGCGGAGGCGGGGGCGGCAGCGGCGGGGGCGGCAGCGCCAGAAGCCGGCGACCAGGACAACCGGCAGCUGUGGCUGCGGCCCAUCGCGUGGGGCGUCGUCGAGGAGGGCUCCGGCAUGCGGCCCGGCCGCUGCGGGUUCUCGGCGAACGGCGUCGGGUGCGUCGACGUCGGGCGCAACUACAUCUGAAGAAGAAAGCCCGGCCGCCAUCUCCUCUCGGAACGGUCGCGGGGCAAAACCAAGGCCGGUCGGCGCUGGUCGAGGGAUAAUUGGGUACGGUAAUGGGAGCCCGAGUGGUUUAAUACGGCCUAGGUUACGGGCAUCGAGGCCAGGUAACGUGCACAUAUAGAGCUAUGCGGUGGCGAGCGCGGACAUAGGUUAUUAUCGUUAUAUAUAUACCCCCCUAUGCUAUUAUUGGUAUUUUCUCAUGGGCCCCUUGAGCCAUUUUUAUGUAUCUGGUCAGCACCAGCCUGGCCAGAAUCGGUAGUUGUCAGGGCGUUGUUUUCGACGAGAUGCCCGAGGACGAGUUUUCACAGUAUAUAUAUUCUUAUGUAUCUAAGUGAGGGACAUGCUACUAUCUACCUGUUCUCUCUUUCUUCCCCGUCUUGUGCAAGCACACAUACCCCUAUUAUACAUAUAUAUAUGAUGUAUGUCACGUAGGAA